UAUCCUUAGUCUCGAUUUUGCCUGUCGGCAAAUGGGAGUUGUGACGUUAUCUUUUAUUAAAAAACCUAGCUCAAAUUGAAAACAGUUCAUAGCAAAUUUGAUUUGAUAAGACUCGCUAUAGAGCAGGAAACUUCCGCAGCAGCCACAUAAGCAAAUUCACGUAACGUCUUAAACAAACGCCGAAGCCGGAGCUGAGGCCGGCGUGCAAAGAGCAAACACAACAACAAAUACAACUCAGACAGAAACACUUAUUGACUGCCCACGGACAAUGGGCGCUCUGCGAUACAUGGGCUGGAUAACCGGUUGCUCGGUCUUCACGGCACUACUCUCAAUCAUCUGGCAGGCAUUUCUCACCCUGCAGGCGCUGAACAGAACAACCGUACUUCUCACCGGUCUCCUGGCCAUCGAGGGCGGCGUCAAGAAAUCCACCGAUGAGCCGGCACCCAAAGUAGCCGUAGGCUAUGGCGCCUGCACGGAUCUGCAAAUAAAUGCCACCGAGUUUCUGGAGACCUUCUACAAAAUGCGUGUGCCUGAGCUAAGCACCGACUUCGCGGCGAAGAAUGUGAAAAAUGAAAAUGAGUUUCUUCAAUCAUUCGCCUACUACUUCAAGAACGGGGCCGCAGCUGAGCGCGUCAUAUCCAACAGUACGCUGUUCAAACAACUGAUAACCAAUGCCAAAAUAAUGGACAAAGAGCGCAUUCAGUGGUAUAUGGGAGGCAACGCCCCAUUGAUGGCAGUGCGCUUUGUCAUAGAGGGAGCGGAUGUGCUUCUAGGCGCGCAUAUGUCGAAGAAAUUGCGACCUUUGCUGCCCAAGGAGAUUCGUCUGGCAGGUGAUGAGAUACCCGAUGAUGAUAUACAUCUUAUUCUGGAGUAUAAGGCCGGUGAUAAAUGGGGUCCAUAUGAGGCACCUCGUGCCAAUCGUUAUAUAUUGCAUAACGAUAAGAACAAUCCGCAUUUGAGAGCGGUGGAGCACCUGACGGACGCACUAAAGAAAUAUAAUCCGCAGCUGCUGGUGGUCAGCGGUCUGCAAAUGAUGGACAUGUUCAAGUUCAGUCCAGGUGUGCGUGAGGCACGCUUGCGCCAGGUGCAAUCACAGCUGACAAGCCAGCCGCCAGGCACGUUGCAACAUUUCGAGCUCGCCAGCUACGUGGAGUUGGAGCUGCUGCAUCAGCUCCGGCAGUAUGUGCUGCCGUAUGUGGACUCCUUGGGCAUGAACGAACAGGAGUUGUCCAACCUGCGACAGGUGCUGGAGAAUGGACGCACCACACUGGCCACCGACUGGAAUCCACGCAUUGCCAACACCCUGGACCAAAUGCGUCAGGUGUUCAUCAAUCUGCUGGAGGAUUACAAUGUGCGGCACAAGUCCGAUCCACACAGGCGCAUGUUGUCCAGAAUGCACGUGCACACUCUGGCCUACCAGGCCAUACUGACCGUAGCCAACUCGAAGUGGAAAAAUACAAGGGCUGCAGCCGCUAAGGCUGCACUGACGGCUCAUCGUUACGUCUGCAAAUCCCAAUUUAUCAAUCCAGAGGCGGUGACUCUUGUUUUGGACGACAGCUUCGCCACAUCAGCUCAAGAGCAAGCGCCUCGAAUGCGCAUCAGCGCUGCCAAUCCUGUGCCUUGCUGGCAGGAGUUUAUACAGUAUGGUGUGGAUCUGCAAAAAAUCGAAGUGGAGAUAUGCGUGGCGCCAGUGCUGAUAUGCCGAGUGGCCAAAAAGACAGCGGGAGCUGGAGAUAAUAUAUCUGCCUCCGGACUAGUGGUCCAAUUGUGAGGAACUCAAAAGAACUACAAAAAAACACAUAAAGCAAAAAAAGGAAAUAUGAAUUGUGAAGCAAUAACGAUGACAACGAUCAUGUUUGGACCGGCAAGACUGCUUAGUAUUUACACGAAAUGCAAAAGACUCAACAUAGCAAACCCUCAAAUUGAAUCCUCGACAAAGCAACUAACCCAAUCUCAAGAACAUUCCCUGUUGAAAGCUGUUUAUAGACAGCAUGUUUAGCACCUUAGUGACCUUAGAAACGCGUUACCUUCAGUAAAAUUACGGACGCCGGCAAAUCCUUAAGAAUUGCGGAACGGAACAACGAUAGAGUUGGCUCACGGCCUUAGUACUACAUAUCUAGAAGAUGAGAUUAUGUAUAACAGAACAAAAACUUGAAAUUCAGCUGUUGAAGCACUCGAGUCUUAGCUAAGAUCUAUAUCAAAUCUCUGGAUACACUCACUCUUAAUUAUUUAAUGUGUUCAAAAUUAUUCCUAAAGUGCAUAGCAAUGCAACCUAGUCUAAGUUUAUUAGUUUGUCGUCGUAUUAUUAUUUUUCGGUAUUAUAUCGAUGUAAACCAUUCCUACUUACAAUUUGUUUUGCGCACUUGGUUUUAGGCUAAAAUGACAAUGUAUUCAUAAAUACGUGUAUAAUACAAAUUUCUGUUGAAAUCUAAUCAAUAUCGUUUGAGAUUUCCUUCAGUCUUUUUCAAGCAUAGACAAAAACUACAUAAUAUAUAAACUUCGGUUAACAGGGUAUAAAACAUUUCGUAUACAAUUCCUAUUUUCGCUAGGCGCGCAUAAACGGGGAAGUCGAAUUAGUGCGAUAAAAGUGUUCACGACUAUCGAUGAAUCGAUUGAUCGAUACUACUAAUUCGAGAAGUUUCGUGACCAUUCUCUGUCGACGUCGACGUCGCCGCUACAGUUUUCAUUACGCUGAAAAAACGUGUCGGUCGCGGUACAAAAAAGUUGUGAGCGUUUAUACAUUGUUAAAAUAAGUAUAAAUCGUCUACAUAUAAAAGAAAUCUGCAAAUAUUUGCUGAGAAUAAAACAGAGAAACAGUCGCCCUAUUAAUAUAAAAAAUAAAAAAUCGGAAAAGGAAUCUAGG